AGCAGGACACCCCUGCACUGCUCACUGCUCUCGCAGGGGGCUGGUGUUCGACGCGCUCUAUGGGAACCUGCUGAAGGUGGACUCGCACGGCAACCUGCUGGUCUGCGCCCACGGCUUCCGCUUCCUCCGGGGGUCUGGCUGAGAUCCUGCACUACUACCCCAACAAGUUCAUCCAGCGGGACGACAUGAAGCGCUUCCACAUCCUCAAUACCCUCUUCAACCUCACAGAAACCUACCUCUACGCCUGCCUUGUGGACUUCUUUUCCAACUGCCCCAGAUAUAUCAGCUGCAACACUGGCUACAGGCACGGGAACCUCUUCAUGUCCUUCCGCAGCAUGUUCCAGGACGUGCGAGAGGCCAUGGACCAAGUGCACCUCUCAGGCUGCCUGAAGGAGAAGACGUUGGAGAACCUGGAGAAAUAUGUGGUGAAAGAUCCCCAUGUGCCACUGCUGCUGAGCCGCAUGAGGGAGGUGGGGAAGGUGUUCCUGGCCACCAACAGUGACUACAACUACACCGACGCCAUCAUGUCCUACCUGUUUGACUUCAGGGACGAGCAAACUGGGACCCCCCCACGGCCCUGGCGCUCCUAUUUCGACCUCAUCGUGGUGGACACCCGCAAACCGCUCUUCUUUGCCGAGGGCACCGUCCUGCGCCAAGUCAACACGGACACAGGGAAGCUGCGUAUCGGGACCUACACAGGGCCCCUCCAGCACUGCGCUGUCUACUCCGGUGGCUCAUCAGACUUGGUGUGUGACCUGCUGGGCGUGAAGGGCAAGGACAUCCUGUACAUGGGGGACCACAUCUUCGGGGACAUCCUCAAGUCCAAGAAGCGGCAGGGCUGGCGCACCUUCCUGGUGGUGCCUGAGCUGGCCCGUGAGCUGCAGGUGUGGACAGAGAAGAGCGAGCUGUUUGAGGAGCUGCGGAACCUGGACCUCUUCCUGGCAGAGCUGUACCAGCACUUGGACAGCGGCAGCAGCGAGCGCCCAGACAUCAGCUCCAUCAAACGUCGCAUCCAGAAAGUCACACAUGAGAUGGACAUGUGCUAUGGGAAGAUGGGCAGUCUCUUCCGCUGCGGCUCGCGCCAGACCCUAUUUGCCAGCCAGCUGAUGCGCUAUGCAGAUCUCUACGCUGCCUCCUUCCUCAACUUCCUCUACUACCCCUUCAGCUACCUCUUCCGGGCACCUUCUGUCCUGAUGGCCCAUGAGUCGACAGUGGAACACAGCCCUGUGGACACUGCAGAGGGAAGCAUGGCCCUGGAGCUGCAGCUGGACCAGCACAGCCAGCAGGUCUUGGGGCUCCCCCAGGACUCCAGUGGGGAGGAGGAAGAGGAUGGCAAGGCUUGAGCCCACAGCUGCUGAUCCAGCAGUGCCAGUCCCCAGCAGACACCAGGCACUGUCCCUGGGGCUGAUGGCUGAAGCCCUUCUCUGUGCUGAGCUGUUGCAAGUCACAGGGCAGCACCAGUGCACCCAGCAGCUCCCCCACAGCUUCAGCACUGGGACCUGCUCUGGGUGAAUGGUGCCCAAACAUAAGGUUCUGGGGCCAGCGCUGCUCCCUUUUACCUGCUAAGAGUCCCAGCCUCUCCCCUUAUUUACCUUUGUCUAUUUAUAAAAGGCAUGCUAACUUCUGACAAAGUUU